AUGAAUGGCAGCACCAAGCCACGUGGACCGUCGCCGGCGUCGGACUCAGCAGCUUUCGCGCUCUCCGAUCAAGCUCCGCUUCACUUCCGCUUCGCUUCACUUCAGCUUUGCAAUUUUUGGAUUAGUGAAGAUCAAAUCAUGGCCUCUCGAAUUGCUAACAAUGUGGCGGAAUUGAUUGGUAACACUCCAUUGGUGUACCUGAACAAUGUUCACUGA